CGCCUUGAACCUCGGUUUGCGGCUCCGGCUUGCCCCAAGACUCCGUAAAGUCGGCAGGGUCAAAGCGCAAAAAGAGCUAUAAAAAGGCGGGACGACUUCGUCAGCAAAUUCUUCGGUGUUCACCGGUGGUGUUGGUCAACCAACAGAGACACGGGCUGUCCUGACCAACGACGGGUUGAGACACGAAGCAGAAUCAUUUUUUUUUUUUUUUUUUUUUUUUUUCGUCUUUUUCUUUAAUCUCCUACCUUGUUCUCCUCCUGGUCUGGAUGCUUUUACCUUCUUACCCGCUUUCAAAAGAAAAAAAAACAGAGGUUAUACUUAUACAUUGGGCAGCACGCGAAUGUUCCAUCGUCAAAAGGCGGAGUCUGGAAGGCUUGGGAAAAACAAAAAUUUUGGGUAAAAAUUUUUUUUUUCUUUUUUCUUUUUUCUUUUUUCUUUUUUCUUUUUUUUUUCUUUUUCUUUCUUUGGACAGGGCAAUUAAUUUGGCACGAGCUUUGCAGACAGCGAAAUCUCUGCAUGGAUGUUCUGCCUAGGGAACCAGGGCGCUUUUUUGAUACCAGUAUGUUCUAUUUGUAGAUUAGAUGUAGCAUGUACGUUGAUAUAUUAUGAUUUUACGAGACAAA